GCCUAUGUCCCCUUUCUAGGCCAAACAACCUCGGAAAUCCCAUGUAAAAUACCAAACCAUGCGAUAUACUUAGCCAAGUGAUCAUGAACCAGAAACCUUCAUCAUCAUCGGGUGAUUAUGACAGUCGCGAUCAUGUUCGAGAGCUUAACCUCAUCAACUGCUUCAUCAACAACGAUCGUCAUAACGACGACGACGACCGAGAAGAGGAGGAGCGAAAGGUGUUCCCUUGCAACUACUGCCAGAGGAAGUUCUACAGCUCGCAAGCCCUCGGCGGCCACCAGAACGCGCACAAGCGAGAGCGGACGCUCGCCAAAAGAGGCCUCGCGAUGAUGAGAAGCAGCAGUAACGGUGUUUUUGCCUACCGCCCUUAUUGGCAGGUCUACUACUGCACGGCGCCGUUUAGUAUCCAACCCCACUACUUCCACUCUCACUCUGCCUCUGCCUCUUCUUCGGCCGGAAAUCUGAUGCCGAUGCUUCGAGACCCGCGUCGGUUGGGUUGGCCGCCGGCGAAUGGUAACAGUUCGAUUAAGGGCCAAAGUGAUGAUGGUUUGCAUAAGCUUGACCUAGCCCUCAAGCUCUAAGACUAGCUAUAUAUAUAUAUAUAUGUUUCUUACGUAUUUUCUUGUUUUCCCUUUUCCUCCCCCAACCAAGAAAGAAAACUAUAUAGAUCCAUAUCAAGGGAGUUUCUACUACAUGUAUCUUUCUUCUGGAUCGAUCAACCCCAACCCACUAGAUCCAACCAUUUUCAGGAUCCAAAGGUCAUCUUUGAACAUUGUCGAGAGCAACGAUCGAUGCUGCGAUCAUAACAGGAUGCAAAGCCAAGCAAUCGAUGUGUUGGAGUGACGCGACGAGAUGUUUCAAUGUGACGAUUUUAAAAGCUGGAUCUCAUACAG